AUGGCCAGGUCUGCUCCCCCUGCAGAGGAAUCUGGGGUGUCUGCAAACCACCUGGUGUGCAGAGCUGUGCUGGAGGGGCUGUGUUCCUCUCUGCUGUACAUGAGUUGCAGAUUUCCAUCCUCCCGGAAAUAUAAGCUUCCAUCAUCCAUAAUUCAUCAGGUGCUGAACUUCAUCGAGGAGCCACCUGACACCCGGGCUGGGUGCUCCACCCUCCCCACAGAGUGGGAAAGUGCCGGCCCGGGUGUCCCGAGGGGCCUCGGCAGGAAGCGCGUCCGGUUUCUGCAGCCUCGGGACUUUCUGCUCACUGUUCUCCUCCUGCUCCUCUCUGCAGGCUCAGCAUAUUAUGAUAAUGUCCGUCCCUUGGCCUACCCAGACUCGGACGCUGUGCUCAUCUGCUUUGACAUCAGCCGCCCAGAGACCCUGGACAGUGUGCUCAAGAAGUGGCAAGGAGAAACUCAGGAGUUCUGCCCCAAUGCAAAGAUUGUGCUGGUUGGCUGCAAGCUGGACAUGAGAACAGACUUGAACACACUCCGGGAGCUUUCCAAGCAGCGCCUCAUCCCUGUGACACAUGAGCAGGGCAGCGCGCUGGCGCGGCAGAUUGGGGCAGUGGCCUAUGCAGAGUGCUCCUCCAAGGUCUCGGAGAACAGCGUACGGGAUGUGUUUCAUGUGACCACGCUUGCCUCAGUCAACAGGGUCCACAAGAACUUGAAGCGCAGCAACUCCAAACGGGGACUGAAGCGGGCAUCACAGAUGCCUGGCAGGACGGACUUACUGAGUGACACAGAGAUCAGGAAAGACCGAGCCAAGAGCUGCUCCAUCAUGUGA